AUGAAGAACAAUCUUAACAUCAUAACGAACAAAAUUGUGGAGGAGCGGGUGAAGGAGUAUUGCAGGAAAAUCGAGGAACAGAAAUUAAAAAAUGUAAAACCGACGAUUCAGUUCGACCGAACGAAACGGAGCCUGAACAAUAGGAAGAAGCUUUACCACGCCAAAAUGAGGAACGAGGAAAUAGAGAGGAAUAAUAAAAUCUUGAAGAAAAAACUGGAGGGCAUCACCCGACGAGACAAGAGGGCGGCGGAACAGUCGAAGCAAACGGCCAUUCAGUUAGAAGUCAACAUGAAUAGGAAGAACUUUCUCUUCGACAACAUUAAGAAAGCUAAAGUGAAAAAGGAGAUAAAAAUCAACCAUGCUAAUGUGCCUCCCUCCGCGGUUAUGAAACCCAAAGUGAAAGUCCUCUAUAAAGGCUACAUCGACGACAGCCAGAAGAGCUGCAAGUUCUACACAGAACUGAAAGUCGACGAAGAAGCCAACCUAACCGUUAUCGCGUUAAAUUUAAAAAAUAAAAAAAUAAAAAAGUUUUCCUGCAAUAAGGAGAAGCACCACGAGUUGCUCAGCAACCUCGGGACAUACGAAGAAAUCGCGAAGAACCUCACCCACCAGGAGGAAGAGAGCGCAGACAGAGCAAAGAAACGAACCCGAAAUGGGAAGCCAAGUGGAAACCAGAUUCCCGACAAACCCAUGAGAAUCAAGCACCGAGUCAUGAUGGAGAGUGUCGAGAAGACAUGUGAUUUUUAUUUAAAAAAAUACUUCAAGGAUGAAGUGCAUGUAAAAAAUGCAGAUCCAUCCACACACACAGACGAUGACAAAGCAGAUACAAACAUAAAUAACAAUAAAAGCAUCUCAAACUUUAAGAAAAAAAAAAACUCAUUUCUAUUGAUAAAAAAUGAUCUGCUGUAUAAGUCCAAAAUUAACGAAGCCCAGGCUGUCCUCAUAUUUAAGAAGAUCAAGGAGAAGCUUAAAAAGAACAACACUCAGGCGGGGAUCGUCCUGGGUGCAGCUCGGCCAGGCAACUCCUCCAACCAGGGGACCAUCUCCAAGACUGCUACUAUCAACCAGAGCCACGCGACCAACGGUGGACUCGCCAAUGAUACGAAGCCGCACUCCGUGGAGAAGGGCGAGGAGGAGGCAGCAGAGGGGGAAGCAAACGGGGAAGAACAUGCCACAGAGGUGACGAUUGAAGAGAAGACAGAGGUGACGACUGAAGAGAAGACAGAGGUGACGAUUGAAGAGAAGACAGAGGUGACGACUGAAGAGAAGACAGAGGUGACGACUGAAGAGAAGAAAGAGGAGACCGCUGAAGAGAAGACAGAGGAGACCGCUGAAGAGAAGACAGAGGAGACCGCUGAAGAGAAAUCACAGGAGACCGCUGAAGAGAAGACAGAGGAAACGACCAAAUGGAAAACAGAAGAGACGGCCAACCAUGCCACAGAGGAGCCGCCUGAAAAGGGAAUAGAUGACAACCCCCCUCUUGAAAGCGCCUACACGAAGGACUUAAGAAAAUGGAGAGUCACGCUAGACGAGGGCAUGCGCAGUGAAGUGGAGGGGGUGGUGGAGAAAUACAAAGCGGUGGAAGCGGUACAGGAAGUGGAAGCAGAUGGAAAUAAAGACGAAGCAGUCACGGAGGAAGAAGCAGCUGUGAAGGAAGAAGCACAUGUGGAGGAAGAAGCACAUGUGGAGGAAGAAGCACAUGUGGAGGAAGAAGCACCUCUGGAGGAAGAAGCAGCUGUGAAGGAAGAAGCAGCUGUGAAGGAAGAAGCAGCUGUGAAGGAAGAAGCACAUGUGGAGGAAGAAGCACAUGUGGAGGAAGAAGCAGCUGUGAAGGAAGAAGCAACUGUGAAGGAAGAAGCAACUGUGAAGGAAGAAGCAACUGUGAAGGAAGAAGCAUCUGCAGGAGGAGAACUACCUGCUGGGGGAGAACUACCUGCGGGGGGAGAACCAUCUGUGGAGGAGCCGAAAUCUCAAAGUGUCGAGUGCAGUGCCGCUUUAGAGUCCGUCCAGGGUGAGGAGACGGGGGAAUGUUCCGAUGCGAACGAAGGGAACCAAGCCGAGGAAGGCCCAUCUGGGAACGUCGAGGAAGGCACAUCUGGGAACGUCGAGAAAGGCACAUCUGCGGACGUCGAGAAAGGCACAUCUGCGGACGUCGAGAAAGGCACAUCUGCGGACAAAGGCACAUCUGCGGACGUCGAGAAAGGCACAUCUGCGGACGUCGAGAAAGGCACAUCUGCGGACGGCGAGGAAAGCACAUCCGCAGACGCCGCGGAGAAACUCGCAGCAGGUCCCCCUAGUGGGCACGACAGCGGCGCAGGCGCGUCGGACGAAAACUGUGCAGAGGAGUGA